UUUUAUUGUUUCUUGAAAGAAGCAUUAACCCAGAAUAGCGUGACAAAAGAUGAUCUCGGUGAACUUUACAAAGCCUUUGUGCAAGAUUUGUUAUACUUCGAUCGUGAGUACAAGAAGCUUGAUUCGGAUGCUGUUCUUGGGUUGCGCGUAGCCGAAGGUACGGUAAGCAUGCAUAGCGUAGGUUUAGGAUGGUGUUUUAUCGAACUAUUAACCAGAUGAACCUUGUUAAGCCAUUUUUUGAUCCAGGCAAGGAGGAGGAAAAGUCGUUUAACUUGGUUGGUUUGAACCAUACUGCAGACUUGUUUUCGAAAUAUUUUGGCAGCUGCUGGUCGCUGCUGACAGCAGGGUUAUAAAACUUUUACAAGUGUAGCCAUACACACUUAUACAUUUGUAAAUUAAAAAGUGGUAAAUAAAACACUUGUAAAAGUUAAAUAUUAAAUUGACCCCAGUUCUCGUCUGUGGGUAGACUUAUGUACCAGUCAAUUCCAAACUUUACAAUCAUAAGCCACUACAGGCAACGCCAUGCCACGUAAACAAAAUGGCCUGACCUCAAGAGAGCAGUCAUUCAGAUCCAUGAAAAAGUGCUUAGGACAAAUGUCCUAAAGGGCUGAAUUUUCUUAGGACAUUUUUAGUUUUUGUCAGACAUUAUUUUGUUUUCUUAUCACAGAAUAAAUGAAAAUUAGAUCCUUUCAAGAUACUUUUAGUUUAAAAAAUACUUAAAAACAAAUAUACUUCUAGGGGAUGUCGGUCAUUUCGCCUACAAGUCGUUUUGCCUACAAGUCGAUUCGCCUACACUGACGUCGAUUCGCCUACAUGAUCUGAGUUGUUUCGCCUACACAUUUAUACAAGUGUAAGUUACCUUGUGACCAACAUCUUUAUCUUACGAUCUAUCGAUCGAUCGUUGCGAUCUAUAUCGCAUCGUUCUCGUAUUAACAAAUGACUAUAGUCAAAAUGUAUAGUCUGUAAUCCUAAAAUGAAACCCCAGAAUUUCAAGUACCUUUGAUGUAACAACAGUUUUUGUUUUAUAUUUUGAAGUAUUCUGCUUUGAACGGGGUCCACAACAAAUACAACACCGCAAUAUCUGAAAACGCCGCCAUCUUGGUAGCACGUGCUCAAGAAUUCAUUUGGUUGCUAAGUACAAUUAUGACGUAGACGCGCAGCGCUUACGCUAUGAAAGGACGGGAAAUUCGGGGAAGUCGCUAUAUAUUCGCGUUAUAUUAAUACGCAUUAACAGACAAUGUUAUAUACAAACAUAUUUAUUACUUACAACUAAACGAAGUACAUGCGAGGACGUGUGGGUUGUCCAAGUGACACCCGCCCCAUAAACAACAAAUUCAAAUUAUAACUUAACCUAAAUUGUAACUUAACCUAACUUAACCUAUUGAUUCACAGUUAAUUUUAAAAAACUAAGUACAUGCGGGGACAAUCUGUGAACGCGUAAAUACCAAUUCUAACCUAACCUAGCAUUACAAUGAUUAUUUACUUAUUUAUUGCUUACAAUCAAAACGAAGUACAUGCGAGGACGUGUGGGUUGUCCAAGUGACACCCGCCCCAUAAACAACAAAUUCAAAUUGUAACUUAACCUAAANCGGCUGGAUUUUUCUUUCAGCUUUGGUGGCAAUUUUUUUGUUGGAUCAUUGACAUCAUUCAAAUCUUCAUGAGCAACUUUCACACUGCUUUCUUUGUUUGAAAAAAUAUGACAUAGCAGGGUGCAAAGAAAAUCAUUUUUACAGCUUGCCAUUCGGGCAAGCUGAAGCUAGCAUUUACUAGCCCAGACGUCAUUUCAACUAGCCCCAAAAACUUUUUGUUCUUCUGUUAUUCAAAUUCCUCAUAAAACAUCACUUGCCCGUCGGGCAAGUUAAAAACAGAAUUCACUAGCCCGAUAGCAAAAUCCACUAGCCCCGGGCUAUCGGACAGUACUUUCUUUGCACGCUGCAUAGGUUUUUGGCUCUUUUCAGCCAUAACUAAGUCCUUUCAUUCCCAUGGUUCGCUCGAAAAAGAAUCAAAGAUGGCGCCUGCAUUAUAACAAGCACUCCUAUUGGCUUUUGUCUAACCAAUCGCAUGCACUGUGAGAUCUUUGUAAAAUACAUCCAAGAUGGCGGAGGUUGCAUUGUUCAGUGUGCAAAUUGCGGCUCAAACUAGGAAUAUUUUUGCUGUAUGGAAAAUUGUGCAAAAUGUGCCCAUCUCUAACAUUAAUCUCUACCACAAGACACAUUUAGAGUAUUUCAUAUUCUAUUUUCAUUUUGCACGGUCAUAAUUUAGGUAAAUUUGUUCAGACAAAUGAAAAUUGACUCGGACUAUGUCCAAAGACAGACGUGGAUCUGAAUAACUGAGAGAGGGGCUGUAAAAAGACCCUCAAGCCCCUUCAACCAAAUAAUCAGGGUGCCCCUGCGUAUACCCGACGAUAGACUGGUGCCCAGCUAUGUCUCGAGCUUGACUUAUGUAGCCUAAAUUUCAUUUAGCCUCAUAGUCUGAUAGACAGCCCAUCUGAUAGGGUGCGAUAAAAAAUCAGAAAUUGUGUAAUAAGAUAGGACUAUUAUGCAAUAAAUUAUGCGAUUUUUUUAGGGCUAAUAACAUUGUUUUACCAGGUUUCAAAGGAGAAAAAUCACUUUAAUGUAAAAGAAUAAUAAAACAUCUAUUUUAAAACAAAAUAAUUAAAUUUGUCCAAUUUUCUUGACCCGGAAAAGAAAACAGUUACUAAGGAAGAAAAAGGACACAUGUUUAACAUAAUGCACCCUUACACCGCUGACCACACUGCUUGUCUCUGAACUCAAAAUGGCUACUCAGAUACUCCCAACGAAGGUUUCAGAUGUCUUGCAAGGCUUUCUUUAGUGGCAAAUCACCUUAAAUAACAUUAAGAUUGGAAAAAUGUUUGAUUAAAGUUAGAAUUUAUUAUUUACUUUACUUGAAGUUAGCAUUUUUUUUUAUGAAUUAUGCGAUUUUCCUCAGAUCGGAUGCAAUUUGAGGUCAAUUGUGCGAAAUUAUACCAUCAUAUAAUAUCAGAAGGCCUGCAUAGAUCCCAAGUGGGCAAGAUGGGCCCAUCUUACCCUCUCUGACUGAAUUAUCACACAACAGACCUUUCCUAUUGCACAGUCUGGGCUGAAAAUGACACCGAAUUUCUGAUUUUUUAUCGCACCCUAUCAGAAGGCCAGAUACAACUAAACAAGGACGUCUCUGUCUUGCAGGCUACCUCAAGAGGUUACUUCAAGAUGCAGAAAGAGGGAAAAUUAAACUCAAACUAAAUGUCUUCAAUGAUGUAGAAGAUCUCCUACACAGAGUAUCUAACAUUCUAAAGAAGAUUACUCCACUGGUCAUGGAGAAUGACCCACUCUUUUAUCCUUUGCUUAACUCUCAGUGGACGUAUUACAAACCGUAUAUGUAUAGAGAACAAGACUAUGAUGAAGGGCAGAAAGAUGAAGCCAAUGCAGAAAGGUUUUCUCAAUGUGUU